AUGAAGAGGACCUUAAGGAAUCUUCACUAUUGGAGUAAAUCUAAGUUCAAAGAGCUCAGUAUUUCUAAAGAUGAGCUUAACGUAGAUAUUCAGAUUUUACAUGAGAAGGAAGCUAACGAUGGGAAGCUAACGGAAGAUGAUCAACGGAAAUUGAAAGCUAAAAUAGAAGAACUCAAUACAGUUUUAGCCUAUAUCAAUGCUACAUGGAGACAACGGGCCAAAAUUACAUGGAUAAUGGAGGGGGAUGCUAAUUCCAGAUUCUUACAAGCUUUUGCAACUGCUAGAAGAAAUAUAAACUACAUUCAUAAUAUCAAAAACGAGCAAGGAGACUUGGUUGAGGAUCAAAAAGCUAUAUAA